UGAUAGUUGUAACUAUUGUAAUCACCAUUUUGCUAUUGUCUGAACAGUUUUAAAUGAUACAGGAAUGACAGGUGGAAGUGUUGCAGGAGGUGAGAAAGAUACCAUCGGUAAAUGGCUAGUUAACUUUUCUCUAGAAAGUGGUUUUUCUUGAGACUGUGAGGACUUUGAUGACACAGCAGAAGCAUCUUCUACUGUGCUUAAUGGAUCAACAAAACACUACAUCCGUCCUCCCAGACAGUGACUCGCUCUCAGCAGUAGAAAUUGCUGCUUUUGAUGACUUUCUGGCCAAGUUGUCUAGUGGUACAUUUUUUGAUGAGGACAUCAUUGGAAUGCCCAGCACAUCUGCUGGAUCUGAGAACUUGUCAACUCAGCUAGACUGUGGCUCGCAGAAUGUAGUCAAUGCAUCUCAGGAUGUGCACAACUCAAAAGGCAAUAUAGGAGCAGGAGCUGUUGGUCCUUGGAUCCCAGUUGCGGAUGGCUUUGGUUGUUUGGGGAACCCAUGCAAUAGCCAGGAAGUCAUGAGCUCUCAGCAACCAUUGCAGCCUCAACAGCAGCUGCAGCAGCAUCAACAACAGCAGCUGCAGCAGCCUCGACAACAGCAGCUGCAGCAGAUUCCUCAACAACAGCAGCUGCAGCAGAUUCCUCAACUGCUGCAGAUUCCUCAACAACAGCAGCUGCAGCCUCAGCAUCAACUACUGCAACUGCAGCUUCCUCAACAACAACAACAACAGCCCCUGCAGCAUCAACAACAGCAGAUGCAACCUCAACAUCAACUACUGCAACCGCAGCAAAUGCUUCUACAGCAAAAAUCACAGCAGUUGCAGCAACAAGAACAACAGGAGCUGAAUUUUCAUCCUCAAGACAGUGGUUCGUUCUUAACACUUCCGCUAUCAUUUGUCACAAUAUCUAACCAACUGAAGUUCUACAACCAUCCUUUCAAACAUCCUCAGAUAACUCAAGCUCCAUUUGUUUUCUCAAAAAAGUCAUGUUUUGCUAGCCUGUUUGCUGGGGAGGCCUUGGUGAAGUAUCAGCCUCAGAGUAGAGUUCAGCACAAACCUGUUGCUGACCGUCAGAUCACAACGGAGCAGGACGCUUCAACACUUACUUUACUCUCUCACUUGACUGCUGGCCCAAGCAGUGCCAUCAACCCUGGCUGUGACCCGUACACCGAACAACCUUAUUCUCCUGAUACUCAAUUAUCAGCAGCAUUGGUUGCACAGGAGUGUGAAGCAUUGGUUGUACAGGAGUGUAUCGAGACAGAUCCCUCCUCUAAUGAUGUAGCAGUUAAAUCAAGCUUUGAUCGUAAUCUGGGACAUCCAAACACAAAUGUUAGCAAGCCUGUAAAAGAGGAAAUUUUGCCUCCUUGUGACUCCUUAGAUGUGAUGCAUCUCAACCAUUGGCCUGGAGACUUGCAUUUCUCCAUUCGUCUGCCAGCUCAACUUCAUACAAACCCCAAGUGGUGCUACUCGGAAAUCCUCAAGCGCCUGUACUGCCCGCCCGGCGUGACCUUCGAGGUGCUCGUGGCUCUUAAGAACUGGCAGGCCGUGGAGGGCGGGGGCGCUGCUGUGCGUCUCUGCGCCGUCUACACCGACGCCCACCACCGCACCAGCGCCGUCAAGCGGUGCUGCAAUCACAGCAAGCAGGACCAGACCCCGAACUGCGAUCACAUCAUCCAAGUGGACAGCAGCCACGCGGUGUACAGCAGCGUCGGCGACCGGAAGGUGGUGACGGUGCCCCUGCACGCCCCGCCCCCUGGCGUGAACCACGUCAAGCUUCUCGUCAAGUGCACGUGCAUGACCUCCUGCAUGGGUGGACCAACCCGCCGCCCAUUUGCUGUGCUCUUCUCCUGCAUGAUGCAUGGCAUGGAGGUGGGGCGUCACUGCUUGUCUAUCAAAUGCUGCAAAAAUUACAAUCGAGAUAAGGAUGCCGAUGAAGAUAAGCUCCAGCGCAUUGAGGCUAAGGCUAUCGAAGACCAAAGAACCAGAAUUCCAAAUGCCAAGGAGAAGUCUCCAGCUCCUUCUACAUCUGGCGGUAAAAAGCGCAAGUUGGAAAUGAAGAACAAAACCUCUGACGGUGGCCCUGAUCUCAGCUGUGGGACAAAGUCUUCCUCCUGCGGCCUCUCCAGCCUCAGCACCCAACUGCCUGCCGCCAUUUGCCCCCCAGCGCCUGCUGGCUAUGUUAACGUACUCGUACCCCAGCAGUACGAGACCCGCAUGACGGACUACUUAAGAGCCCUCAUCGCCCAUGAUCUGCUUAAGGAGAAGCUUCCAGAGACUUACCAGCGAUAUCUCAAGUAGAAGCCAAACUUACCUGGAAAAGCUACGCCUCUUCGCGUCCACUGUCACAAUGGUGCUUUAUUACUACACAAAGUGGACUAAUUACUCAUAGCGGCCGAUUUAUCGUUUGUGAUUGAUGGGUAGCCUGGGAGAUGGGUUUUGUAGCCUGGGAGAUGGGUUUUGUAGCCUGGGAGAUGGGUUUUGUAGCGUGGGAGAUGGGUUUUGUAGCCUGGGAGAUGGGUUUUGUAGCCUGGGAGAUGGGUUUUGUAGCCUGGGAGAUGGGUUUUGUGGCCUGGGAGUUGGGUUUUGUGGCCUGGGAGAUGGGUUUUGUGGCCUGGGAGAUGGGUUUUGUAGCCUGGGAGAAGGGUUUUGUAGCCUGGGAGUCGCCAGUGGUUGGCUGACGAUACCUACGCUGUGCCAUCAACACAACAUAAAUGGUCAGCCAUCAUAAGAUAUUCGUUAGCUGAUUAUUAAUUUCCAUUGAUUAUUUAAUUCGGUAUUCAAAUCCAGUAAAUCGAAAUGUCGAUUAUUUUUACCAUUUUUCUCUUGGAAAGGGCAUUAUUUUGUGUGAUGUGUGCUGUCUAUUGUCCUUCUUGGCAACUCCGGAGCCAUUUAUUGCAUUUUUAUGGUCAUGCCGCCUGCGUAAAAUUAUCUGGCUUAACGUACGUGAAGACUCGCAUGAAAAUCGUUGCUUUUGAAGUUUAUAAAGAUUUAUAUGUAAACCGUUGCUUUAACGCCCACGAAGAUUUGCAUUAAAAUUGCGGCGUUUGACGCAUAUGGAAACUUGGAUGAAAAUAGAGGCGUUUGACGCAAAUAUAUAUUUAAAGAAAGUAGUGGCGUUUGACGCACGUAUAUAUUUAAAUUAAUUAGUGGCGUUUGACGCAUAUGGAAACUUGGAGGAAAAUAGAGGCGUUUGACGCAAAUAUACAUUUCAAGAAAGUAGUGGCGUUUGACGCAUAUGGAGAGUCGGAUGAAAAUAGAGGCGUUUUGAUGUUUAUUAAGACUUAAGAAAAUAUUUUUGCUUGACCUAAAUAUAGAAUCUCGCAAGCUAUGCGUUCUCAAAAUGUUCUGUUGAAAGCUAAGACUUUAAGGAUUCUCUUUCUAAUUAUUCCAUGUUAUUCUUUUCUCGUUGUUUUAGAAUUUAGAACAAAGCAAGUAAUUAGCUGCUGCUCAAUAGGGCCUUCGAUAUUGUAGGCGACUUUGUACUUUAUCUUCGCUUGAAGUCGAAUUACGACUUGAGCAAUGCAUUUAGUGUAAUAAUUUCAUUUAUUUAUUCUACUUCUUGAUGAACUUAACAUGGGAAUUAAUGAACUGAAUUUUAUUUUAACUUUAUUUGCAACUGCCAGUAUAAUAUUGGACUGUAAAUUAUUAUGCCUAUUUUAAAUUAAAUUGCGUUCUGCAAUGUAGUAGAUACAAAUUCCUUGUUAUAUGCCUUUGUACAACCUCAAAAAAAGUUUCUUGUUAUUAUCGACUUCUGGGGGUCAUGGACAGAACUCAACGGGGUCGAUAUAUUGGGUUUGAAUGAAGGGAUUAAGUAGCGCAUUUGUUUCAUUUAAUAACAAUUCUUAUCAUUUUU